AUCACCACCCCUGCAUUGAGACAUGUAAGAAAAAGCUGGUAUGCGGACACAAAUGCGCCCUCAAUUGCGGUGCACCAUGUCUUUCCUGUAAAAUGAAAUGUCUGCGGCGUUGUCGUCACACGCAGUGCAAGCAUCCGUGCAGUGAGCCAUGUGAUGUUUGUACGAAACGUUGUAACUGGAAAUGUGAGCAUCACGAGUGCAAGACGUUGUGCUGCGAACCUUGUGACAGACCUCCAUGCAAUAAGCCCUGUUCAAAGAAACGGAAAUGCGGUCACCCUUGCAUUGGUCUGUGUGGUGAGAUCUGCCCCAAUAAAUGUCGCAUCUGCGACAAAGAAGAUUUGGAGCAACGCUUCUUUGGGACCGAAGAUAUCCAGACGGCAAGGUAUAUUCAACUAGAAGACUGUGGACAUUACUUUGAGGUAGAAGGACUUGACAAGUUCCUGGGACUCGGCAUAAAAUCCGACGGUGCAGAAAUAUUUACCAAACUAUCGGUAAAAACCUGUCCAAGAUGCGAAAAACCCAUCCAGUUAAGUCGUCGCUACAGUAAUCUUCUGAGAGAAUCUUUAGCGAUUAAGCCGCGAAUCGUGGAAAAGCUACAGGAUGCUCGCAAUAGCAAUGAUGACAAACACCUCCUCCUUAAAGUCAGCUCAGCCGUCAUGUCGGCGAAAGAAACCAUUCGGCUUUUGUUACCCAAAUCACCAUUAGCGUUGAGUAAAUACUCGCUAUCAUCGCGAUUCGGUAGAGAUUUGGUAGAGAGUAGAAAGUCAUCUAUUUUGGACAAGCUUCAUGAAUUACUCCAGGCAUCAACAGAGGAACUGCACAGGCAUACCAAGUCAUUGCCGAAUGUACUCGUAGAUCAGCACGCGAACGACCUCUGGAAUGAGAUGAAUCGAGUGACGAUCAUGUGUGACUUGGCCGAAGUACUGAGGGGCGGAGCAACAGAACCAACCAAAGUACCCAAACUUCUCAAUAUCCUAGGCCGGGAUAUGAAUAUGACAUUAGCACAUGACCUCCUCAAUGGAAUUCGCACUGCUAAUGGAAUCAGUCAUGAUACUGGCAGUGGCCUACAUAUUUUCAAACGCACUCCACGUCUUUCCUUCGACGUAACCAUGUGGUUUACUUGUGCCAAAGGACAUCCCGUUUCGAAUCAUCAUCUCAAGAAGGGCGCAUGCAAGGACUGCGACUUGGAGAAGGAUGAGCAGGAGAGAGCCCGCUCCGAGGCUUCUGCAGCUGUAGGACGCCCUAGAGAUAAUGUACCUGGACAGCGAAAUUUAGGUGGUCAGCAAGACCAGCGGCGUAGGGGACGAGGACGUGGAAGAAGAGGUCGAGGUGGAAGAGGUGGUCGCAGAGGAGGACAUCAAAGAAUCUAUGUCCCGUGUUAUGCCUGAAUAUGCGACCAGAAUCUUCGUACAUCAUAUACUGCUAGACAUUUUGCAGGAAGAUGUACACAACCAAUAUCAAACAUGGUUUAUGAAUUCCACUGACCUUCGUAUCAUAGAUGUUUAUCCAGAUAUGCUGUAUUGAAAGAUUGUAAUCGAUUCAAGCUAUUAUAUUGUUCAUUGAGAUAAAUAACGCGUGAGGAAGUAUUUUUAAUCUGUUAAGAAUGUAUUGAUUUAAAUAUCCUUUAUCGAAAUUAAUUUUCCUUAUUUAUUUGAAGGGCUUUUGAAAAAUAUGCGAUACUACAAUGUCCACAGCAAAAAAAAGAAAGCAUUUCAUGUGUCAUUUAAAGGAUUGAAAUUGUAAGAAAUCGAAACAAUUGGAAUGGACCAAAUGAGUACUGGCUAGGCUCUAAAGGAGCACAAAUUUGGCCUGAGCAGAGAAAUGCUAAUUUAAGAGACUGCGUCAAAUUACAUGUAAACCAUGAUUUUUGCAUGUGCUUUAUGAGGUAUGAAUAAUCGUUUUGUAACAUAUGUAAAUAUUCUUUAUAUUUUCUGUUUUUAUCUCAAUCGGACCAUUUGCUCUAUAUUCCUUCGCUUCGCUGCCCGCAUAAUACUAAAACAUCACUCGGCUUUAUCAAACAAUGAUAUUUUUCUGUUGUCCAUGCUAUCAGAAAAUUGGUAUUUUUUUAGUGCGGGUUUUUUCAACCGUACCGGCGCAUAAAAAUAUGUUUUACCAAGCCUUUUCUUUGUGAAAUACUUAGUAGUAUUGUAGAAAUUUAGAAGA